AUGGAUGAUGACAUUUUCUCAAAAACACUCGAAAACCCCGACAAAGUCCCGGUCGCUGACAAAGAAGAGUUGAUCGAUGUCGGGGACGUUAGCAGCUCAGAAGAAGAGCAUGAUGAACAUGGGGAAGAGACGAGCAAACAAGAAGCUGAGGACCCAAAGAGCAGCAAUCAAGAGUUGAGUGACGUGAGUCUGGGAUCAUCUAUGAAAGAAGCAGAGCUUCGCUCUGAAAACUGCGCACUCAAGAGUUCGGGCAUCGGAGAAGAAGUUCAGCUAAACGAAUCUGGUUCAAAAUCCGAUGAUGACGCAGACUCUGAUCGAGACAGUAGCUCUUCGUCGGAAGGAGAGGUUCCUGUUAUGGAUGAAGAUGACGAAGAAGAGCCUUCUCCCCAAGGUCCAAUCAAAUCGAAGAAUGAAAUCGAAGAGGAACCUGUGCCAGAGGUUCCUGCAGGAUUCGAAAUCAACGAGAAGACUGCGAUCGAAGAAAUUGGUGUUGUCAAGUCUGCUUUCGAUUUCAAUAUCAUAGUACACGCGCUAGGGUCUGCUGAGCGGCGCGUCCUGAAAGAAGGAUCUAUUUUGUGCUUAGGGGACCGUACCAUUUUGGGACCUUUAUGUGAAGUGUUUGGGCCUUUGCAACGUCCGUUUUACAGGGUGAGCUUUCCUAAGGAGAAGGCAGAUUACUUUGAUCAGAUAAAAGAACGUGUCAGCGAAAAAGUAUAUUACGUAUCUCCUGCUGCUCACUGGCUCGAUACAUUCGAAAUUAAAAAGAUACGAGGAACAGAUGCAUCCAAUGGUUUUGAUGAGGAGCUUCCUGAAGAAGAGCAGGAGUUUUCCGAUGACGAAAAGGAAGCUGAAUAUAAAAGAAUGAAGAAACAAUCAAAGAAAAGGAAAAACGAGACUGAGGCUUCACAAGACAACCACUUGGCCAAGAAGAGUGGCAGUAAGCCACAAUGGGAUGCUCUUUCUGGUCCAAAUUUACCCUCUCGUGGAGUCUCUUCCCCUGCCAAGAGCGGUUACAGGUCGCGAAGCGCAAGGCAGUCCGAAAAACAUACAAGUACACAGUCCAACAGGAAUCAUGUUACCCCGGCUUCCUCAGCUCCUUUCAUACCCCAGCCAUCUUCUCACCAGCAGCCCAUAACAAAUUUAUAUGCCCAGCAACCCCAGGUUUAUCCCUACAACCCACAAGGCUAUAACUACCAAAAAACCUUCCCUUAUCAACAGCCUUACCCAGCUCAGUACAACGCGCAAUACGCACAAGCAUAUCCUGGCCAAUAUCAACAACCAUACGGGACAAAUCACAUACAACAGCAAUACAUGCCACCAUAUGGCCAACAAUAUCCCCCAUAUCAGCAACAGUACGUCCAACCUCCCGCUAACGCCCCACCCGCAGAAUUCAUGCAGCCCCACCAAUCACAGCAGACACAGCAAAGUCAAAUUCUGCAGUUGCAACAAAUAUUGAUGCAACAACGUCAGCAACAAAAUCAGAUGUCUAACUUGCAAUUCAGCCAACAAAAUAAUCAUCAAUCACCUCCUCAUGAUUAG